GGCAGUGGGGAAAAGAGAUGAGAUGGGGAGGAUGAGGAAGGAAGGAGUGAAGAGAGGGGCAUGGACUAGCAAGGAGGACGAAACCUUGGCUUCCUACGUCAAGGCGCAUGGCGAAGGCAGAUGGAACGAAGUCCCCCUAAGAGCUGGUCUUCGGCGGUGCGGCAAGAGCUGUCGGCUGCGUUGGCUGAACUACCUUCGGCCUAACGUCAAACGGGGAAAUAUAUCCAACGAUGAGGAGGAGAUCAUCGUCAGGCUCCACGCCCUCCUUGGCAACAGGUGGUCCAUCAUCGCUGGCAGGUUGCCUGGUCGAAGAGAUAACGAAAUCAAGAACUACUGGAACAGCACCCUUAGCCGGAAGGUGCUUCCCGCACCACAUUCCGCCACGAGGAUGGUAGCCACGCCCGACACCUCCGCCGGCUCUGGAUGUUACACAGAGACGUCGGCAGCGCUGUCUAACUGUGGACCUCGUACAGAGGCGUCGGCAGCGCUGCCGGCCGCGCUGUGGGCGCCAAAGCCUGUGAGGUACACGGGGCUCCCCUUCUUUGGCCGGGAUAAGUCACUGCGGUCGCCUGUUGCGGAGACGCGAACCGUGGCCAACGGGGAUAACUGCAGCCGCAGCAGCUCCGUAACAUCGGAGUUCCCGGCUAUACCGCCCUCGUUAGACGGUGGCGACUGGAUGGACGAAGUGAGAGCCUUGGAAUCGUUUCUCGAAUCCGACGAAGACUGGGUAAACUCUGUGGACAUGCCGCUAUAACUCUCACACAUCAUCGAGUAGUACUACCAGUAUAAUAACCGUACAUGCACCUAUAAUGUAAGGAAUAAAACGACGUCAGUAGCACUAACCAUCAUUAAGGUUAAUCAGGUGCGUUUAAAGUGCAGUAGAGACGCAA